CUCCACCGCCCCACUAGUCCGUCCUUUUGCCCCGCCUCCCGCAGGGAUCCCCCCGGCAACCGCACAGCUGCCUCGGACUCUGACUUAAUUCCCUCCGCGUGCUCUGAAUCGUAGAGAGGCAAACUCCCAAACAAAGAGCCGGCAGCUCGCGUGCGGGGCUCCUGGGCGCGUCCUGCCGGCUGGGCUGGGAGAGCCGGCGCCGGGGCGUCGCGGCGGAGCGCGGGGCGGGCGGGGACGCUAGGGCCGGCAGGAAGCCUCCCUGGGCGCGGGGGCGCGGGCCGGGCUGCCCGCACGCUGACCUUCCCUGGCUGGGAGGGAGGAGCGCUGGCUGCGGGCGGUGGGCGGCUGGGCGGCCCCGGGAGCCGCCGCUCUCCGUCUCUCUAGGCGCAGUCCCUGUCGCCGCGUCUGGAGCCCCUGGCCGGGCCCAGCAGCCAUGGCCCACUAUAAGACUGAGCAGGACGACUGGCUGAUCAUCUACUUGAAGUAUUUACUCUUUGUCUUCAACUUCUUCUUCUGGGUCGGGGGAGCAGCCGUCCUGGCUGUGGGCAUCUGGACCCUGGUGGAGAAGAGUGGCUACCUCAGCGUCCUGGCCUCCAGCACCUUUGCCGCCUCCGCCUACAUCCUCAUCUUUGCGGGCGUACUUGUCAUGGUGACCGGCUUCCUGGGCUUCGGUGCCAUCCUCCGGGAGCAGAAGGGCUGCCUCUCCACGUAUUUCUGCCUGUUGCUCGUCAUCUUCCUGGUUGAGCUGGUGGCGGGAGUCCUGGCCCAUGUGUAUUACCAGAGGCUGAGUGAUGAACUGAAGCAGCACUUGAACCGGACUCUGGCUGAGAACUACGGGCAGCCCGGAGCCACGCAGAUCACCGCCUCAGUAGACCGGCUCCAGCAGGAUUUCAAGUGCUGCGGAAGCAACAGCUCAGCCGACUGGCAGCACAGCACGUACAUCCUGUCGCGGGAGGCCGAGGGCCGCCAGGUGCCUGACAGCUGCUGCAAGACAGUGGUGGCGCGCUGCGGCCAGCGGGCCCACCCCUCCAACAUCUAUAAGGUGGAGGGAGGCUGCCUCACCAAGCUGGAGCAGUUCCUGGCCGACCACCUGCUGCUCAUGGGGGCGGUGGGCAUCGGGGUGGCCUGCCUGCAGAUCUGCGGGAUGGUUCUCACCUGCUGCUUGCACCAGAGGCUCCAGCGGCAUUUUUACUAAUGGCCAACCACCUCCUCUUCCAACUGCCCCUCAGGACAACAGGUGGCCGCAUACCAUCUGCAAGGCCUGCAGAGUUAGCACCAACUCCACUAGGGCCAUAGAUGCCCCCUCCUUUGUGCCCAGCUCCUGCAAAUCCACCAAGUGCCUGAGACCAUAGCUUCUACUGUACCCACCCCGGCAGGGACCCUCAGCCCCUCUCCUCCAUUUCUGAGCCCCCAUGGCCAGAUCCUGGGCAGGGAAAAAUCCUUUCAGGUGACAACCAGAGCCCCUCACCAGGCACGGGGGCACCCGUGGACUACGGGAGGGUGGCGGUUGGGUUCUCUGCUCCCUCCCAGCUCCUGAACCUGGAACAAUCGGCAGAAAACCCAGGAACGCCAGCCCUCCUGCAUUCAGCAUGGGAUUUCCCUACCCAUGCUCAGAAGCCCUGACCUUGCUGUUUCUGGAAAAAGCAUGGGGUGGGGCAGGGAGGGCUGGCAUUUCCCCCAGAAGACCUUGCCCUUUGACCUACCCACUCUCCACACUGCCUCACCUGGAAAGCCAUGUCCUGCUGGCCUCAUUCCUUCCUGCAGGGCCUGGGAGUGGGGAGGCCUGGGUAGGGCAGCCACAGGCUGGGUAGAGUCACCCUGGCAGGAAGCAGGGGGUAAGGUGGCCAUACCAGCACAUGCUGCACUAGGAGCAGAGCCCUGCACCUGCCUAGCUGCCUUCCUGGGAGAAACCUCCCUGGGAGACCAUGGCCCCAAGCCCUGGCCUCUAGUGAUAUGCCCCUCAGGGAUCUCGUGUUCCGGGGCCUGAUUCUCAGGAACACCAGGUUUUCAGACCAUCUUCAGCUCCUAAUGUUGGUGGGUGUCAAACAUCUCCUGGAGUGGACCAACUCUCAACCCUGCAAAGUCGCAGCCGCUGAGAAGGGGCAGCUCUGAAUAGAGGGGCAUCUGCCUGAACCUCACUUUUCCUGGGGCCCUGUCCUUGACCCCAUGGCCACCACCACACUGCUUCCAGGGGGUCCCGCUCUGCUUCCCUUUCCACCCGUCCUAGAGUGGACAGAGCUUUUUCCUCAGGUUCUCUCUUGCAUCACUAAGUUCAGCAGGGAAUUUUCAGAAUUUUCAGGAAGAACUUUCCCCAGUAAUAAGGGAGAACAGAAAGAAAAUCCUAGAAAAUACAGAGUAUCCACGCUGGCAGCUUUUUGUACAACACCCAUAGGGACCCCCCCAAAUGGCUGUUACAAGGGGGCAGCCCACAGAGCGGGACCCUCUUACUUCCCCCCUAUGAAGGGGGGCAGCUUGUUGUGCUAAGGCCGAGGCUGAGCGAGGUCCCAGCUCACCUCCCUGCGUGAUCCAGAUUGCACUGUGAUGAGCAUAUUGCUGACCUAGGCCAGUCCUGGGGCAGGGGUGCUCUCUCUCCCAUACAUAGGAGUGGCCUCAAGGGCACCCAGUGCUGACCCCAGCAGAGCCCUGAACUGCCCAGAAACUGCAUCCUCAGCACAGGAAGUACCCACAUGGACAGAGGGAAGCCCAGCCUCGGGGCCGGUUGCCUCCUCUUCUCUGGGUGUUCUCCAGUGGCUUCUUGGAGCCUAGGCUGGUUUAUCUCCCCUGCCUAAAAGGCCCUGGAGUUGCCAAUGCAAAUUCAUUAAAAGGAAGACCAGAUAUCCCAGACUGCCCGGAGGCCGAGAGAAAUGGUGUAGUGCGUGAUUAGCGUUGCUGCCCUCCAACCUCCUGGGAUUCGUGCAGAGAAUCAAAAACUGACUAUGACUCCCAGGCUCUCUGAAGGAUGAGAUCACAACUGACAACUCUUAGUACAGAAGGAGAGUGGAGACAGAGAGAGAGGAUACUGGGCUAGAACCAUGUUCUUCCUGCCGAGGUGCCAGGGGGAGGCGGCAGUGGGCAGGGGGUGCUGGGGCCUUACCUGUCUGCCCUGGUGGGGAUGAAAGACAGGUGGCAGGCCAGUGCCCUGUGCACAGCCUUACCAUUGAAGGCAGGCCCAGGACAGCCUGCCCCAUCUUCCCUAGCCCCAUGGGAUGGUUGGUCCAGCCUGACUGGGGCAGGAUUAGCUGCAAUUCCUGCCCUGUGUGUCGUCCAGCCAGAAUGCCUCUUGAAAGAUGGCUUGUCCAAGCUGCAGACAGUGGUAGAACAACCCAGGGCUUGGAAAUCUGACCUCCUUGUCCAUGCCAACAGCCUGGGAGAUGAGACAGGAUUAAAGGAAACAGAGACCCAGGAUAGGGCAGGUUCUGCCUGGGAGUGUACAAUGGCUGAAGUCCAGAGCCAGUGAUGCGGUCCCUAGCGGGGUGUGCCCCUCCUGCUGAUGAGGGUACAGAUCCGUACCCAGGUCAGUUCCUCCCGGGCCCCUGCUUGGAGGCUGCUACAGCCUUGAGUUCCUUGGAGAGAGAGGACACGCCUGUGGAAUGUCACCAUCAGUCCUGUGCGGGCAAAAGGCUCCUGCACACCAGGGCCCCAGGAAAGCAGUAUCAGGUGCUGGGAUCCCAGCCAGCUGCCACGGGCAUCUCCUUGCCCUGCACACACCAUGCUGCCCUUCCCUAAGCUCGCAGGGGCAGACACCAAGAGAGAAGGGCGCGUCCCCGAGUCCCCCGGGUGACUGUGUCAGGACAGCAGGCAAGAAUGAAACGUGGCCUUGGCUGAGGGGGUGGAAUGUUUGUGCCUGUUCUUUUCUUUCUCUCUCCUGCUUCCCUGGCACCCUAGCCCCACCUCCAGGAGCCCCUCAGGCAGAGUAAGUGGGGAGUGUGUCCAGGGAUUUUUUUGUGUUUACCAAGGUCCUGCUAUGCACUUAGAAUCUGUCACCAUAAAUGCUUAUCUCACAGUUACCCCAGCAAGAGGGUGUUAUUUCCCCCAUUUUAUAAAUGAGGAAAUUAAGGCUGGGCAAAGUUAAGACUUGCUUGUCAGUGGUCACGGCUGUUGUCUUGCCACCCCCAGCUGGGGAGAAGGAAGGAAAGCUGGGCCUGGAACCCCUCUCUUCAGUGUCCCCCAGUUCUCCAUCUCCGUAAUGAGACAUCGGGCUGUCAUUAAGGAACAGAGUGUCACUCAGGGGGCACUGUCACAAAGCAGCACCCGUGGCACAUGGGACGGGGGUGCAGAAGCCUGGCUCAUUUCAGGCUGACAGCUGGACCCUCCGGGUGCAGGGGCUCAGGCAGCAGCCAGGAUCCUAAAGGGCCAAGGCCCAUGACAACCACCCAGCCCAUCACCCCAGGUACCAACACUAACCCCAAAGCAACAGCAGGGACUGUCCCUCAGCCCUCAGGGCCUUCAUGCAGGGUGCAGAAUCUUAUGUCCACAUGGAGGUCACCCCUCAGGUCACACCCACUCCCAGAGCAACCCAGGGCAGGGAGGGGCACCCUGGGGGGGUGUGUUGACCACCUCCCCUUCAGGUGAGGCCCUUUUCUGCCUUCUUUCUAGCCCCCUGCAUGGGGCACCUGCUGUUGCUGGGGCUCUGGGGUGGACCCUGUGUGAUUUCUGUCAGGGAGCUUGUGCUGUGCAUAGCCAGAGGUGCUUACAUCCAGAAGGGCCCAGCACGGCCCUGUGGGGUGUGGGGGGAAUAUGGUAGAUCAUUGUGAUGUGCCUCGGGGCCCUUUUGCCCUGGAGCCAGCUUUGUUUCAGAAUCUGCUACUUGGGCCCUCUUCAGGGUUUUGAGGCUGGAGAAGUGAGUUGGAACAGUCGCUGUCAUCACCGCCCACCCUGUCACCCACCUGGAAAACAUUCUUGAUAUACUGGCCAUGCUGGGCUGGGCUCACAUCCACUGAGAGUAUAGUGAUCAAGCGUCUAAACCAGUCGUUCUCAAACUUCGGUGAGUAUCAGAAUCACCUGGAAGGGCUUUUCCAAACAGAUUGCUGGCCCCACCCUCAGAAUUUCUUAUCAGGAGUGGGCAAGACCAAUCAUUUGCAUUUCUAACAAGUUCCCAGGAGCUGCAGCUGCUGGCCCUGGAACCACACUUUGAGAACCACUGCUUUAGACCAAACCCCAAAGGAAGAUGCAGCCACCCUCCUUUAUAAGUCACAACGCUCAGGGUUCACGAGUACCUCGGGCUGUCCAGCUGAGCUCCACCUGCAGCAGCCGAGAUUCCCGACUCACUCCACCAUUGGGGGCUGGGAGUGAAGCAUGUCACCACGGUCAGCUCACGGCCAGCCAGGAAAGCCUCUCUGCUGUGCAUCUGUGCAGUUCUUGCUCUUCCCUGGAGGACUCUUGGAUCGCCUGUGAUCUUGGCCAGGAGACCAGGUGCCUGGGUCCCUUCCUGGAAUGGGACAAGUUACACACCCCAGCCCCAUUUUCCCACCAACUUCUACGUGCCUUGGGAGAACCUGCUACAUUCUGGCUGCCCCCUUCCCCUAUUUCAGCAGUGCCCAGUCCUGCUCAUAAACCUGAGGCCUGCUCCCCAUACCCUGCCCUGUGCAAGUGCCAGCCGUUAUUCCAGGCAGCCCAAUGUUGGUGAGGCCAGAUGGAUUCCUGGAAGCAGCUGGCCCAUGGAUGUGAGUCAUCACAGUAUUCUAGAAACAGAGAAGAUGUCUUAACCUAAUGCGUAUAGAGAAAUUGUUCUCAUUGUAAACAUACCCCUGUCCUUAGCUGAUCUCGGUGGAAGCCCAGCUUCAUGUGCUAGGGGGCAUGAUAAUGCUAAUAAAGGAAUUGUAUCUAGGAC